AUGAACAUUGAAAGGCUGAGAAAACUUGUUGAGCUGGUUGGGAAACAGAGGCUUGUGCUGGACCUUAGCUGUCGAAAAAAGGAUGGCAGAUAUACCAUUGUAACUGACAGGUGGCAAAAGUUCAGUGAUGUGUUUGUGGAUAAACCGACAUUAGAAUAUCUCGCUGCCUUUGCAGAUGAGUUUUUGGUUCAUGGUCUCGGUCAAGUCGUAACUUAUGCUGGGGGGGUGUCAACAAUGGAUGACCUAGAGAGGAUAAAGAAAGCAGGCAAAAGUCGAGUAGAUGUAACUGUUGGGAGUGCUCUAGAUAUAUUUGGAGGAGAUUUGCCCUACAAAGAUGUUGUCCUUUGGCACAAGAAGCAAAGUAUGGUUGGCCAAGUGUGA